GAAAAGUGAGGAAGUUUUCGCGCCGGGGCGGAGUCAGCUAAGGACCUUUCCGCGCGGCUUUGGAGGAGGCAGCGGGCAUGGCGGGCACUGUGGUGCUGGACGAUGUGGAACUGCGGGAGGCCCAGCGGGAUUACCUGGACUUCCUGGAUGACGAGGAAGACCAGGGAAUUUAUCAGAGCAAAGUUCGGGAGCUCAUCAGUGACAACCAGUACCGACUGAUCGUCAACGUGAAUGACCUACGCAGGAAAAAUGAGAAGAGGGCUAACCGCCUCCUGAACAAUGCCUUUGAGGAGCUGCUUGCCUUCCAGCGGGCCUUAAAGGAUUUUGUGGCCUCUAUUGAUGCUACCUAUGCCAAGCAGUACGAAGAGUUCUACAUAGGUUUGGAGGGCAGCUUUGGCUCCAAGCAUGUCUCCCCCCGGACUCUGACCUCCUGCUUCCUCAGCUGUGUAGUCUGUGUGGAAGGCAUCGUCACUAAAUGCUCUCUAGUUCGCCCCAAAGUUGUCCGCAGUGUCCAUUACUGUCCUGCUACCAAGAAGACCAUAGAGCGACGUUAUUCUGAUCUUACCACCCUGGUGGCCUUUCCAUCCAGCUCUGUCUAUCCCACCAAGGAUGAGGAAAACAAUCCCCUUGAGACAGAAUAUGGCCUUUCUGUUUAUAAAGACCAUCAGACCAUCACCAUCCAGGAGAUGCCAGAGAAGGCCCCCGCUGGUCAGCUUCCCCGCUCUGUGGAUGUUAUUCUGGAUGAUGACUUGGUGGACAAAGUGAAGCCUGGAGACCGAAUCCAGGUGGUUGGGACUUACCGUUGCCUUCCUGGAAAGAAGGGAGGCUAUACCUCAGGGACCUUCAGGACUGUCCUGAUAGCCUGUAACGUGAAGCAGAUGAGCAAGGAUGUUCAACCUUCAUUCUCUGCUGAAGAUAUAGCCAAGAUCAAGAAGUUCAGUAAAACUCGUUCCAAGGAUAUGUUUGACCAGCUGGCCAGGUCACUGGCCCCAAGUAUCCAUGGGCAUGACUAUGUCAAGAAGGCAAUCCUCUGCCUGCUCUUGGGAGGAGUGGAACGAGACCUAGAAAAUGGCAGCCACAUCCGUGGGGACAUCAAUAUUCUCUUAAUAGGAGACCCAUCGGUUGCCAAGUCUCAGCUUUUGCGGUAUGUCCUUUGCACUGCUCCCCGGGCUAUCCCCACCACUGGCCGGGGAUCCUCAGGAGUGGGUCUGACAGCUGCUGUCACCACAGACCAGGAAACAGGAGAGCGUCGUCUGGAAGCGGGGGCCAUGGUCCUGGCUGAUCGAGGUGUGGUCUGUAUUGAUGAAUUUGACAAGAUGUCUGACAUGGAUCGCACAGCCAUCCAUGAAGUGAUGGAGCAGGGUCGGGUGACCAUCGCCAAGGCUGGCAUCCACGCUCGGCUGAAUGCUCGCUGCAGUGUCUUGGCAGCUGCCAACCCUGUCUAUGGCAGGUAUGAUCAAUAUAAGACCCCUAUGGAAAACAUUGGGCUACAGGACUCACUGCUGUCCCGAUUUGACUUGCUCUUCAUCAUGCUGGAUCAAAUGGAUCCUGAGCAGGAUCGGGAGAUCUCAGAUCAUGUCCUUCGGAUGCACCGUUACAGAGCCCCUGGAGAGCAGGAUGGCGAUGCUAUGCCCUUGGGUAGUGCUGUGGAUAUCCUGGCCACAGAUGAUCCAGACUUCAACCAGGAGGACCAGCAGGACACUCAGAUUUAUGAGAAGCAUGACAACCUCCUCCAUGGGACCAAGAAGAAAAAGGAGAAGAUGGUGAGUGCUGCAUUCAUGAGGAAGUACAUCCAUGUGGCCAAGAUCAUUAAGCCUGUGCUGACACAGGAGUCGGCUGCCUACAUCGCAGAGGAGUACUCGCGUCUGCGCAGCCAGGACAGCAUGAGUUCAGACACUGCCAGGACAUCUCCAGUUACAGCUCGAACACUGGAAACCCUGAUUCGAUUGGCCACCGCCCAUGCAAAGGCCCGCAUGAGCAAGACUGUGGACCUUCAGGAUGCAGAGGAAGCUGUGGAGUUGGUCCAAUAUGCUUACUUCAAAAAGGUUCUGGAGAAGGAGAAGAAGCGUAAGAAGCGGAGUGAGGAUGAGUCGGAGUCAGAAGAAGAAGGCGAGAAAAGCCAGGAGGAACAAGAACAGAAAAGGAAGAGGAGGAAGACUCGCCAGGUGGAUGCCAAGGAUGGCGAAUCAUAUGAUCCCUAUGACUUCAGUGACACAGAGGAGGAGAUGCCUCAAGUACACACACCGAAGACAGCAGACUCUCAGGAGACCAAGGAUUCCCAGAAGGUGGAGUUGAGUGAGUCCAGGUUGAAGGCAUUCAAGGUGGCUCUCUUGGAUGUGUUCCGGGAAGCUCACGCACAGUCUGUGGGCAUGAAUCGACUCACAGAAUCCAUCAACAAGGACAAAGAAGAGCCUUUCUCUUCUGCAGAGAUCCAGGCUGCUCUGAGUAGGAUGCAGGAUGACAACCAGGUCAUGGUGUCUGAGGGCAUCAUCUUCCUUAUCUGAAGAGGCUUCAUCUCUGAACUUGGGACUGUGCUGAAAAAAAUUUUCGCAUUUUUCUUACUCCCCCUGCCUCCUGCCAUACACUCAGUCAUUGCAUUCGUUCCCCAAAUAAGUGUUUAGUAGAACAGAAGCUGAGGUACAUGGUGACGAAGUCAAAUCAGGAAUCCAUGGAAGCUUUAGAAUGAGUAAUUAGCCACCAAAGGCUAAGAAAAGAGAAGAACGUGGGGAAGAUUAAGACUGUUGUGGCUUCACUGCAAAAGCUCUAGGUCAUAUGCCCCACUCGCCAGCCAUGAUUUUCUGUAGAUAGCAGAUGAUUUCUGUACAUCCUUUCUGUGUUUGUUUGUUUGUGUUUUUUUCUCUUCUCCAGAGCACUAUGGUCUAGAAUAGUCUUUGGAUUAUUCUGUGCUGGUGGAAAGAAGCUCUGAGGCAGGUCAUGCAGGUCAAGAAAGCUCUCUAUGCAGUGGUCUCAGUCAUUUUUUAAUUUAAAUAUCCAUUCCAUUGAAUAAACUUGGCCGUUUUGUACAUAUAGCCUUAGUACUACUGUGUGCUUCCUUUGUACACAUUCUUAGUUUUCCUUGGAGCUCUGCCCUGCAGGACUUGCUACCUGAUGCCAAUAGGCCACAAGGUGGCAGCAGCCUGCUGUGAUCUCCUUGGAGUUGUCUCAGUAAUGCUGGCAUUUGUCAGUCAAACUGUAGCCUUCCUGUUUGGAAUAGCUAAAUGGCUAAAGGAACCCAGUGAGUGAUAGUCUUGGCAAAGAACCAACUCAAGCCUGAAGCAAAGCCCCCUAAUAGAAUUAUACACCUCAGCAAUGUGUGAGUCCUUACCCAUUAAGACUCCCCCACUCCUUGUAAGAUGCUUCUGCAUUUCUUCAGUGGCCAGCCUUUUAGAUUCAUUAGCCUGUUUGCAUAUAAGUUUGUGGAGAAGCCUGAACAGAACUUCUGUUAUACAGCUUCUAAAUAACUUAAGAUUACUUUAAUAAAAAGGGAAAGCAAAAAAAUGAUUUUAUGGUAGGCCUGGGUCACUUGGAUUAGAAACUGCUUUCUGGUGGCACACAGAUCUUUUUUUUUUUUUUUGACAGGCAGAGUGGAUAGAGAGAGAGACAGAGAGAAAGGUCUUCCUUUGCCGUUGGUUCACCCUCCAAUGGCCGCUGCGGCCAGCGCAUCUCGCUGAUCCGAAGCCAGGAGCCAGGUGCUUCUCCUGGUCUCCCAUGCGGCUGCAGGGCCCAAGCUCUUGGGCCAUCCUCCACUGCCUUCCCGGGCCAUAGCAGAGAGCUGGCCUGGAAGAGGGGCAACCGGGAUAGAAUCCGGUGCCCCAACCGGGACUAGAACCUGGUGUGCCGGCGCCGCAAGGUGGAGGAUUAGCCUGUUAAGCCACGGCGCCGGCCGGCACACAGAUCUUAGAAGAGAUUCGUGUGUGUUCUCAGCUGUAAGAAGGUUGAGGUGCUUUUUUGUGGGGGUGGCCUUGUACCCUGAAACUACUAGGCAGAAAAUUUUCUUCAUUUCAUGAAAAAGGGAUUUUUAAGAGUAAAAUUAAGGAGUUGUAUCUUUUUUUAAUUUCUUUUUCACAGAUGCUAAAUUCAAGUCCCCAUCCCUUUCCCACCCCCCUCCCAGUCUUAAUUGGAAGUGCUAUACAGCACAGUUUCAAGGAGAGCACCACAGUACUUGAAGGAGGAACAGAAACUCAUUGAGCGCUGGCAAUGAGCUGUAGGUGGUGCUGUGUGUAGCACUGGGUACAAAAGCAAAACUUCAUGCUCUUGAGGUUUUCAGAUUGAGGGUGUUUAUGUCAAAUUUAUCAAUGAGAAAUGUUAUAAAAUGUAAUUACGUACCAAAUAGGGCAUACGCAAUAAACGCUAUGGAGAUUGUGGGGGACAGUGAGUGUCCAUUAAAACAGUUGAU